AGUGCUUGGCUUGGUAAGUGUGUAUCUGGUGAGAGCCUUUCUCUCUCUAGAGUCGUCCUCGACCUCUGUUAAACUUAAUAUAAAUGCAAAAACUCCAACAGUUGUAGAAUUGUCCAUUUCUCUUCUUUCCUUCCUCCUGUCUGUCUGUCUGAAUUUUCAUUCUCAUUCGAUCCUGCAAACAUGCCUUAUGGAACGCUUGAAGUCCUUCUGGUUGGGGCCAAAGACCUUGAAGACGAUGAUUUUUUCGGUAAAAUGGAUCCCUAUGUCAUUUUAACCUUACGGACUCAAGAGAAGAAAAGCACUGUGGUAGAAGGGCAAGGAUCUGAACCAGAAUGGAAUGAAACUUUUCAAUUCACGGUCUCAUCGGAUGAUGUUACCGAACUCAACUUAAAAAUAAUGGACAAAGAUACCUUCAGCGCAGAUGAUUUUGUUGGAGAAGCAACCAUUCCUUUAGAAUCAGUGUUCAUGAAAGGAAACAUAGCACCAUCUAAAUACAAUGUUGUCAAUGCGGAAAAGGAAUAUCAUGGAGAGAUUACAGUUGGACUCGUUUUCUCCCCUGAGAGAACUAGCCAUCGUGCAGUCGACUGUGAUGAAUAUGGGGGGAGUCAUGGUGGCUCUAGGAGGAGACAUGGCGAUUCCAGGGAGGAGAGGUAUGGUGAUGACUAUCAGGGGAGCUACGGUGAUGACUCAAGGAGGAACCAUGGUGACUCUAGGGAGAGGUAUGGUCAUGAUGACUCUAGGAGGGGCGGCCAUGGUGACUCUAGGGAGAGGUAUGAUGAUGAUGACUGCGGGGGAGGCUAUGGUGAUUCCAGGGGAAGGAGUGGUGGACGGAGAGAGUCAUCUAGGUAUGAGAAGGAGGAGGAAAGCUAUGGUGGAUACAAAGAAUCAUCGUACCGAGAUUGAGGAUCAUGACCUUGGUUUUUUACAGGGUAAUGUAUGAAGUUCAGUUACUAGCUAGCCUGAUCAGUGCAAGAAUAAGGAGGAUUAGUGAUCAUCUUUGAGGUCCCUAUCCUUUAUGGUUUACUUUUACAUACAAACAGAUGCAUCUCUCAAUUUGUGUAUGGACUGGUUGUCGGUCAAUUUUCUUAAUGGUGAUUGCUUUAUAUUUGCUUUA